UUCUGGAUAGGGGCGGGUGCCGAGAAAGGAAAUCGCUGUGGGAGCCGCAUCCUGCCUGCGCUAGCGGCGCCAGAGGUGGAGGCAGAGAGGGCGGAGGAGGCAGAGAAGGGUGCCGCAGAGAAAAAAGUGUCAAAGCCAGUACGGCUUUAGAAUACAGUGAAAGAUACUUUUCAUGGUGCAUGGAAGGAAAGCCAAUGCGCAGGUGUACCAACAUUCGACCAGGAGAGACUGGAAUGGAUGUAACAAGCCGCUGCACCCUUGGAGACCCCAACAAACUGCCCGAAGGGGUUCCCCAACCUGCUCGCAUGCCCUAUAUCUCAGACAAGCAUCCUCGGCAGACCUUGGAAGUGAUCAACCUUCUGAGAAAGCACCGAGAGCUAUGUGAUGUGGUGCUAGUUGUGGGCGCUAAGAAGAUAUAUGCCCAUCGAGUCAUCUUGUCAGCCUGCAGUCCCUACUUCCGAGCAAUGUUUACAGGAGAAUUGGCAGAAAGCCGCCAGACAGAAGUAGUGAUCCGAGACAUAGAUGAGAGGGCUAUGGAACUACUGAUUGACUUCGCAUAUACCUCCCAGAUAACUGUGGAAGAAGGCAAUGUUCAGACUCUCUUGCCUGCUGCUUGCCUCCUCCAGCUGGCAGAAAUACAGGAAGCCUGUUGUGAAUUCUUAAAGAGACAGUUAGACCCUUCAAAUUGCUUGGGCAUUCGGGCUUUUGCUGACACACAUUCUUGCCGUGAAUUACUAAGGAUUGCAGACAAGUUCACUCAACAUAACUUUCAAGAGGUAAUGGAGAGUGAAGAAUUUAUGUUGCUUCCAGCCAACCAACUGAUUGACAUAAUAUCUAGUGAUGAGCUCAAUGUUCGGAGUGAAGAACAAGUGUUCAAUGCAGUGAUGGCCUGGGUCAAAUACAGUAUUCAGGAAAGACGUCCUCAGUUACCCCAGGUGCUGCAACAUGUUCGCCUACCUUUGCUUAGUCCCAAGUUCCUGGUGGGCACCGUAGGCUCUGAUCCCCUCAUUAAAAGUGAUGAAGAAUGCAGAGACUUGGUAGAUGAGGCUAAAAACUACCUCCUAUUGCCUCAAGAACGACCACUAAUGCAAGGACCAAGGACGAGACCUCGGAAACCUAUUCGAUGUGGAGAAGUGCUUUUUGCAGUUGGUGGUUGGUGUAGUGGAGAUGCUAUUUCCAGUGUUGAACGGUAUGAUCCACAGACCAAUGAGUGGCGAAUGGUAGCUUCCAUGAGUAAAAGGCGAUGUGGAGUUGGAGUCAGUGUUCUUGAUGACCUAUUAUAUGCGGUAGGCGGCCAUGAUGGAUCCUCGUAUCUCAAUAGUGUUGAAAGAUAUGACCCCAAAACUAACCAAUGGAGCAGUGACGUGGCCCCUACAAGCACCUGCAGGACAAGCGUUGGUGUGGCAGUACUUGGAGGUUUUCUCUAUGCUGUGGGUGGACAGGAUGGUGUCUCUUGUCUCAAUAUUGUUGAGAGGUAUGAUCCAAAGGAGAACAAGUGGACUCGGGUGGCUUCUAUGAGUACUAGAAGACUAGGAGUUGCUGUGGCUGUGUUGGGAGGGUUCUUAUAUGCUGUAGGUGGCUCUGAUGGAACAUCUCCACUCAACACAGUGGAGCGCUACAAUCCUCAGGAAAACAGAUGGCACACUAUAGCCCCUAUGGGGACCCGAAGGAAACACCUAGGUUGUGCAGUGUACCAGGACAUGAUCUAUGCUGUAGGAGGGAGAGAUGAUACCACGGAACUUAGCAGUGCUGAAAGAUACAACCCCAGAACUAACCAGUGGUCUCCCGUGGUGGCCAUGACAUCUCGCAGGAGUGGAGUUGGUCUGGCAGUGGUCAAUGGACAGCUCAUGGCAGUAGGAGGCUUUGAUGGUACAACAUACUUGAAGACCAUUGAAGUUUUUGACCCAGAUGCCAAUACAUGGAGGUUAUAUGGAGGAAUGAAUUACCGUCGGCUAGGAGGUGGUGUCGGAGUUAUUAAAAUGACACAUUGUGAAUCCCACAUAUGGUGAACACAGAAAAGGCCUUGCAUACGCUUCUUAUAUUUGGAAGAGCCUGGACUUGGAAGCUUUGUACAGCUUGAGAAAACAUUAGAACAAAUUUUAUUCUUUGCCGGUGCCUCAGCCUACAGGACUACAAGUCUAUUGACGGAACUCACCUGCAGAUGCCACCUUUGCACAAUACCUUUCCGCUCUCUGCAGAAGAGUAUAUAUUUUUGGCUUUAAUUUAUCAUGGAGUUUUGAUGGGUAGUUAUGUUUUUGUUUUGUUGACUUGGAUCAUUUGGGAUUUUUUUGUUUGUUUGUUUUUUAUUUUUUAUUUUUACUUAUCCUUUCUACCCUGAGAAAAAAGAAAGAAAAAAAUUUCAAGCUGCAAAAUGUUUGUUUUCUAGGUUUUGGUUUGAUUUUGAAAAUACUGAUAAGGACAGAAGGGCUAUGUAUGACCUGGUUGUUACUUCUAUUAGACACUAUCCAUCUACAAAGCUUGCCAGUGAUAAUGAUAGAUAUGCAAACUAUAUUUGCUAGUUACCAUUCUUGCACUAAAUAUUAAAAUACUCCAAAUUGUAAAGGGGACAGGAAAUGAUCCAAUAAGAGCAUAUGCUGCUUUUGCAAAGGACCCAAGUUCAGUUCCCAGCACCACAUCUGGCAGCUCACAACUGUGUGUAACUCCAGCUAGUUCAGUGGCUCUCAGCCUCCCUAAUGCUGCAACCCUUUCAUAUAGUUCCUCAUAAAAUUAUUUUCAUUUGCUACUUCAUAACUGUAAUAUUUGCUACUGUUAUGAAUUAUAAUGUAAAUAUCUUAUAUGCAGGAUAUCUGAUAUGCAAACCCUGUUGAAAAGUCUUAGACCACCCCCCCCAGGGGUCAUGACCCACAGGUUGAGAACCUCUGAGCUAGGGGCUCCAGGACUCUGUCUGUUCUGGCCUCUGCAGGUACCUGUGUUCCUGUGCAUUCAUACACACACACACACACACACACACACACACACACACACCACAAGUAAUUCAAAGUAAAAUUUCUUUUAAAUGUAAAAGAAAAAAACAAGAAAACAUCUCACUAAAUAGGACAAUUGAGAAGGAAUAUUAAAUCCAUAAAAGCAGGACAAGCUACAGCUUUCAUUCACCAUGGACGUUUACAACUAUCUGACUAAAUUGCUUUCUACUCUGUUUCCUUUUUUUCCCUGUAAUAUUUUUCAUAGCAUUUCUGCCACGUGCACUUAGGUCUCUGCUCAGUGCCUCUUAUAAAAAAUAGUGUGAAUCUCAUUCAUUGUCUUGAGAACUCCAGGAAAAUCAAGUGCAACUCUUUAAGAGUUUCUGCUUACACAUGUUACCACCUGCAACUUUCUUUCCUAUCUCCUCAUUACCACCAGGGGCCACCAAGGAGAAAUGACCUCUCUCCAGCAGUGGAUUCUGAUUUUCAGUUUACACUGGAUGUUCCAGCCUGGUGAAUCUGAGCUGACCUUCAGUAACACGCUCCAAAGGAAUGAUGUCUUCAGUUCACGUUAGCAGUACAUGUGAAGGAAUGUCAAGCCAGCUAAAGCAUCCAAUCAGAGCUGGUCUUUAUGCUAAUUAUAUUUCACUAGCUCUCAUCCCAUAGGCCACUAUUACUAUGUCUUUUAAGUUGCACUUAAAAUUUUUAAGGAAAUAAAUGAAAAUUGUAGUGCCUAAGGUCCUCUCCCCAUUAUAGUCAUCUACUGAUUUUUCUUUUAGUGUAUUUUUCAGGAAAACCUUUGACUGAAACUUUAGCCACAACCAAAAGGAAUAACCUUGACCUUCUUCCUCUCCCCUACAACAAAAUGUCUGGCAACUUUUUUGUUUACAUUUAAACAUCAUUUGCACCUUUUUCAAGGAAAAAAAUAAGUAUUUGGUAAACAAUUGUUUACAUGUAUCAUUAAUGCUUUUUUCUAGCAUGUAUAACUUUUUAAAAUAAAGGUAGUAUUUACCAUAAA